AUGAAAAAUUACACAGCAAUAACAACAUUCAUCCUGCUGGGACUAACAGAUGACCCAAAUCUACAGAUUCUGCUUUUUAUCUUUUUGUUUCUAACCUACUUACUUAGCGUUGCUGGGAAUCUAACCAUCAUCACCCUCACCUUGGUGGAUUCUCAGCUUAAAACACCCAUGUAUUUUUUCCUCCGAAAUUUCUCCAUCUUGGAAGUUUCCUUUACAACUGUCUGCAUUCCCAGAUUCCUCUACACAAUGGCAUCUGGGGACAACACUGUUACCUACAAUGCAUGUGCCACUCAAUUAUUCUUUGUUGUUGUCCUAGGUGUGGCUGAGUUUUUUCUCCUGACGGCCAUGUCCUAUGACCGUUACGUGGCCAUCUGUAAACCCCUGCAUUACAUGACCAUCAUGAACAACAGAGUCUGUAUCAAGCUCCUUAUUGGCUGUUACAUGCUUGCUCUAAUCAUCAUCAUCCCACCAUUCAGCAUGGGCUUUGAGUUUGAGUUUUGUGACUCCAAUGUCAUAGAUCACUUUGGAUGUGAUGCUGCUCCCAUUCUAAAGAUUACCUGCUCAGACACAAAGUUUAUAGAGCAGUUUGUCUUGGUCCUCGCUGUGUUGACACUCAUUUUCACUUUGGUGUGUGUAAUUAUGUCCUACACAUAUAUCAUCAGGACCAUUCUCAGAUUCCCUUCUGCCCAGCAAAGGAAAAAGGCUUUUUCUACAUGUUCUUCCCAUAUCAUUGUGGUUUCAAUCACUUACGGAAGUUGCAUCUUUAUCUAUAUUAAACCAUCUGCAAAAGAAGGAGUAGCUAUUAAUAAGAUGGUGUCAGUGCUGACCACCUCAGUUGCCCCAGUAAUGAAUCCCUUUAUUUAUACUCUAAGGAACAAGCAGGUGGUACAAGCUUUCAAAGACAUACUCAAAAGGGCUGCAUCUGUCUCAAACAACUAA